GAGGCUCAGUUGGCGCCCCGUCCGUCCGUCGGGCUGGCGAGUGCCGUGGCUGGCUCUUCUCGUCGCUUCUCUUCGUCGUCGUCGUCAGAAGCGCGGGUCGUCGAGUAUUUAUCGAGUCCAGCGCUGGGCCUUGUGUCGGUCCGUGUUGUUGCGUUGCGUUGUGUUGCGCUGCGCUGCGCGGAGCGAAGCGGGGGGAGCAGAGCGGAUUGGAUCUUGACGCGUCUUCCGCACACAGACACACACUCUCACUCGGCAGCAGGACGAGGGGAUCGGAGCCCGGAGAUUCAGUCAGUUGUUGUUCGAGAUUUGGGAUCCCUGGUGAAGCAAAGCAAGCGAGCACGCACGCGCUCUCGGAAACGAGUGAAACUUUCGGAAGGACGGAAUCGGAUUGUGCUCGGGCGGGCGUUGUGCGGAGUUGGUGGUUUUAUAGCGAUCGAGCAGGCGCAUUUGCGGGGACGAGUAUCGGAGACAGGAAUUGGUGACGACGUUGUUCUGCUGGCUCAGAGCUGACUACGACAACCACGACGACGGUGGACGAGGUUUCUGGUUUGUGCUGGGUGAAGGUGGUGGUGGUGGGGGGUCGGCAGGCUGGCUUUGGGUCGAGGCGUUGCCUCCUGUUGUGGACGAGGAAUUUUGGGGUCGCUGGCUCUGAGCUCUAGGGUUUGCGUCCGUGUCGGAGGGCUUGGCUGUGUAGGUUGAGAAAAGAAAAGUGAAGAGAUCGUGGGGUUCACUCAUGGCGAGAUGAUUCAGAGAGGCAUUUCAUUUGAGGACGAGGUGGAUUUUUGAGGCUGGGUGGGAAGAGAGAUUCUUAAUUGGCUCGGUUCAGCAUUCUCCACUGUUUCCUGCUCUUCGGCAAAUGUCUUUGAGUUCCAUUAUUUGACCUCAGCUAAGAAUCGGAGCCUGUAAGCUUCUGCAAUUCUGUCCGCGUUGAAGUUGAAAGUUUGCGGGGAUUAAAUUUGGCAUCCGUUGACGAGUAAUCAAAACUCGUCACCAUUACGAGCGCUCCAAUGGCGCGAAGGCCCAGAAAGCGUCAAGCUCUCACGAGGCAUGAAGCUAGCUCGAGCGACGACGAGAGGGAGUUAGCUCGCCCUCCUUCGCAACGUUACGAGCCACAUCCUAUACCGGUGACUUUUGCUGACAAUUCUAUACCGAAAGAUAGACCAGUCCGCGUUUAUGCUGAUGGCAUCUACGACUUGUUCCACUUCGGGCAUGCGCGAUCUCUCGAGCAGGCGAAAAAACUGUUUCCGAACACGUACUUACUUGUAGGGUGCUGCAGUGAUGCUCUGACCCACAAGUACAAAGGGAAAACUGUCAUGCCCGAAGCCGAACGCUAUGAGUCUCUCCGACAUUGCAAAUGGGUAGAUGAAGUGGUCGAAGAUGCACCGUGGGUGAUCACGCAAGAGUUUCUAGACAAGCAUAACAUUGACUUCGUCGCCCAUGACGCCCUUCCAUAUGCUGAUACAAGCGGAGCUGCGAAAGAUGUUUAUGACUUUGUCAAAAAAGCAGGAAGGUUUAAAGAGACAAAAAGGACAGAUGGAGUUUCAACAUCCGAUAUCAUCAUGCGGAUUGUUAAAGACUACAACGAGUAUGUCAUGCGGAACUUGGCUCGAGGAUACACAAGAAAGGACCUGGGUGUCAGUUACGUGAAGGAAAAACAACUGAGGGUAAAUAUGGGUAUAACCAAGCUUCGACAGAAAGUGAAGGAGCAGCAAGAGCGGGUUGGCCAAAAGGUACAGGACACAAUUUCAGAGUUGAACAUUGUAGCAAAAACAGCGGGGAUGCACCAUGGUGAGUGGGUGGAGAAUGCCGAUCGUUGGGUCAGUGGUUUUCUGGAGAAAUUCGAAGAAGGGUGCCAUUUGAUGGAAAGUGCGAUCAAGUCACAAAUUCAAAAAGGCCUGUUGAGGCCGCAGCUCAAUAAGAAGAAGUCGACGAAGCUUAUUGCAAAUGGGAAAACCAACGAAGGAUCAUCACAAGGUGUGCUAAGAAACGAAUUGAUAUCAAUGUCAUGACUUCGGCGACUUCACCAUCAACCCUCUGGGGCGUACAUAAACUACAAAUUAUCAGGCACACCACAUAGUAUUAGGAUCUCCGUGUAGGUGUUGAUAUUCUUAGGUUCCCUUCAUGGAUGAGUGAGUAUUUUUGUUCAUGUAUGAGAGUCUCGGCUUUUUCCAAAGCCCAUGGUACAAAUUUUUCCAGCCCUUAACCUAAAUAAUUUUUUUGACUAUGCCUUCCUACUUCUGUUCAUUGUACCGAGUCAUCCAAUACUGUUCACCCAGUAAGUAUGAAAUUGAUGCUCUUAAUGAUCUAUUUUGACGACCUGGGGACUUCCAUCUC